CAGCGCUACUAUAAAAGAAAAAAUAUUUGAAGAUAUAUAAGCCCUAAACCUUUGCCUCUCUCUAGGGUUUGAAAAGCAAGGGAAGAAUAGUUUGCUCAAUUCGAAUUUACGAACACUGAUGGCUUUCUGGGGUGUUGAGGUGAAGCCCGGAAAGCCUGUUAUUCAUUCUUGUGAGAAGGCCAUAGGAAGGCUGCGGAUUUCCCAGGCAACUCUGGGGAUCAGUGAUGCUACCAAGAAAAGUAUAGUACAAUGUAAUGUGGGUAAGAAGAGUCCAGUUUUGCUCUGUGCUUUGCUGCCCAACCAGGCAGAGUCAUGCCAUUUAGAUUUGGAGUUUGAGGAGGCAGAUGAUGUUGUGUUUUCUGUUAUUGGCCCUCGGAGUGUCUACCUCACUGGUUAUUACAUUCGUCAAAAUCAGCAGUCGGGUCAUCAAAGUGAUUCAGAAUCAUAUGGGGUGGAUAUUCAAAAUAGUCAGACAGAGGAAUCUAGUUAUCAAACAGAUGAUGACGAGUAUGAAGACAGUUUCAUUGAUGAUGAUGAAGAACCACAAAGUUUUUCACCAUCCCCUGUUUCAAGAAGCAAAGAGGAUGAGACUGCAUCAGAAAGUGACAAACCAAACAAUGCAAAAGGUCGACGCAGUCGACUUAUUAAGAAACGCCAAGUAGUGGAGUCUGAAGAUGACAGUGAAGAUGAUGAUGGCUUCCUUCUAUCUAUUUUUAAAAGUAAAAAAUCUGAGAAGACAACUUCCACUGGUGUAGAAGGCAAUAUUGUCAAGCAGAAUGUACCUGCAGACAAUGGGAAGGACCAGAUGCAUUCCCUUGACCGAGCAAAACCAAGAAAGAAAAGAAAAGAACGGGCUGAACAAGAGAAGGCCAGUAAAGAUGAAAGUAAUGAGGGUUAUAAUCACAAAGAAGAUAAAAUGGAUGGAGUUAAAGCCUCUAAAAAUCUGGAUAUUGAAGAUCACCAAUUGGCUCCCGAACUGGCCUCGGACAAAUGUAGGAAAUCAAAGAGAAGAAGGAAACUACUUCAGUCUGAAGUGGCAUGUAAAGAAGAGGUUGAUGUGAAAUCAGAAAAUGUUGCUGAAGAUGAUUACCUCGAGCAGAAUUUAUUACAUACUGACAGCAAGAAGGAUGUGUCAGCCGCAAAUGUAGUUAUAAAAAAGCAGAUUGACAAUGACAUCAGCAUAAAAGCUGGUUUACUGGAUACUGCUAGUCAACCGGAGAAGAAAAUUAAGAAGGCGACGAAGAAGAAGAAAGAUCAAGGCAAUGGAGAGUCUGAUAUGGGAUUGCCUGAUACAGCGAACCAUCAAGAAAUGAAGCCUGUGAAAUCCGAGAACUAUACUUCAAAUGCAGAACCAACACAGAACAGGACCCUAUCAAAUGGACUCAUUAUUGAAGAGGUGGCAAAUGGACCUCCUGAUGGAAAAGUAGCUUCUCGUGGGAAAAAGGUCAAGAUUUUUUACACUGCCAUUUUGAAGGAGAACGGUCAUAUAUUUGACUCGAAUGUGGGCAAGAGCCCCUGCAAGUUUCGUUUAGGCAAUGAAGGAAUUAUUGAUGGAUGGAAUCUUGGCAUCGAAGGUAUGCAUGUUGGUGAUGUGAGGAGGCUCAUCGUCCCACCAUCUAUGGGUUUUGGGAAGCAUGGAGCAGGUGAAAAUGUUCCACCGGACUCAUGGCUUGUAUAUGAUGUUGAAUUGGCGGGUGUCUCCAGAUGAUUUGAUCUUUCAUAUGAUCUGCUCCUCCGUUCAAAACCUUCAAUUGGAAGAAACGAGGACUGAAACAGACAAUGACUCGUGAAUUGUGGUGGUCUAACGCCUGUGCCUCCAAUUGAGAUUUAUAUCCAUGGCAAAGCUGUUUCUGUACAGAUCUUGCAUCGGGUGUUUACGAGGUCUUUGUAAACAAGGAUAUUAAGUGUACCUACAACUCUAUGCUUAAUCUCCAAUUUUGAUGAUUUACCACACUACAAUCCCAUAUCCACCAAGCUUCAAUUUACAUAUGUAAAAUAUUAUAUCUGCUUUUAUUUUCCUAGAUGUGUGCGUGUAAUUCAUUUUAUA